UUUUAAAGUGAUUGAAGUUUUUGUGUUUAAAAUUAUUAUUGGGAUACAUAAAUCAAGUGUAAUAAAAUGGAAGUAAAGCAAGAAAUUGGCGAGGAAACUUUUAAAGUAGAAAUAGAGUAUAAAGAGUUGGAUGAUGCUCUGUUGGAUGGCUUUAAAUUUGAAAUUCAGGAGGAAUCCAAUAGGCAAAGUGCAAAUGACACAUAUUUAGACUUAAAGAAAUGUCCCAUAGAUACUGAAAUAGAACAACAUGGAUAUAAACCUAACUCAUUUGAAGAACACCAAAAAACUGAAAAAGGUUAUCUCCUGGACCUAAAUGAACACAAACUGGAAAUUAUGGAGACACUAACUGAUGAUUCAUCUUAUGAAGAAAAUUCUACUAGUCAACACUCUGAAGGAAAAAUAUUAAAUAAAAAUGUGGAAGUUGUGACUGAACAAAAACCUUACAAGUGUGACAUUUGUUUUAAACAAUUUACUCUAGCAAGUAAUUUGAAAAGACAUUUGAGAGAGCACACUGGAGACAAACCUUACAAGUGUGAAAUUUGUUUUAAGCAAUUUAGGCUGGCAAGUUAUUUGAAAGCACAUUUGAGAGUGCACUCUGGAGAGAAAUCUGACAAGUGUGAAAUUUGUUUUAAGAAGUUUAGUAAUGCAAGAAAUUUGAAAAUACAUUCGAGGGUGCACACUGGAGAAAAAUCUUACAAGUGUAAAAUUUGUUUAAAGCAAUUUAGUUAUGCAAGUAGCUUGAAAGCACAUUCGUGGGUGCAUACUGGAGAGAAAUCUGACAAGUGUGAAAUUUGUUUUAAGCAAUUUAGUCAUGCACGUUAUUUGAAGGCACAUUUGAGAGUGCACACUAAAGAAAAACCUUACAAGUGUGAAAUUUGUUUUAAGAAGUUUAGUAAUGCAAGUAGUUUGAAAGCACAUUCGAGGGUGCAUACUGGAGGGAAAUCGUACAAGUGUGAAAUUUGUUUUAAGCAAUUUAGUCAUGCACGUUAUUUGAAAUCACAUUUGAGAGUGCACACUGGAGAAAAACCUUACAAGUGUGAAAUUUGUUUUAAACAAUUUAGUCUAGUAAGUAAUUUGAAAAGACAUUUGAGAGUGCACACUAAAGAAAAACCUUACAAGUGUGAAAUUUGUUUUAAGAAGUUUAGUGAUGCAAGUAGUUUGAAAGCACAUUCGAGGGUGCAUACUGGAGGGGAAUCUUACAAGUGUGAAAUUUGUUUAAAGCAAUUUAGUCAUGCAAGUAGUUUGAAAGUACAUUCGUGGGUGCAUACUGGAGAGAAGUGUGACAAGUGUAAAAUUUGUUUUAAGCAAUUUAGUCAUGCACGUUAUCUGAAAGAACAUUUGAGAGUGCACACUAGAGAAAAACCUUACAAGUGUGAAAUUUGUUUAAAGCAAUUUAGUCAUGCAAGUAGUUUGAAAGCACAUUCGAGGGUGCAUACUGGAGAGAAAUCUGACUACUGUGAAAUUUGUUUUAAGAAGUUUAGUACUGCAAGAAAUUUGAAAGUACAUAUGAGGGUGCACACUGGAGAAAAAUCUUACAAGUGUGAAAUUUGUUUUAAGCAAUUUAGACAAGCCAGUUAUCUCCUGGACCUAAAUGAACACAAACUGGAAAUUAUGGAGACACUAACUGAUGAUUCAUCUUAUGAAGAAAAUUCUACUAGUCAACACUCUGAAGGAAAAAUAUUAAAUAAAAAUGUGGAAGUUGUGACUGAACAAAAACCUUACAAAGAGCACACUGGAGACAAACCUUACAAGUGUGAAAUUUGUUUUAAGCAAUUUAGGCUGGCAAGUUAUUUGAAAGCACAUUUGAGAGUGCACUCUGGAGAGAAAUCUGACAAGUGUGAAAUUUGUUUUAAGAAGUUUAGUAAUGCAAGAAAUUUGAAAAUACAUUCGAGGGUGCACACUGGAGAAAAAUCUUACAAGUGUAAAAUUUGUUUAAAGCAAUUUAGUUAUGCAAGUAGCUUGAAAGCACAUUCGUGGGUGCAUACUGGAGAGAAAUCUGACAAGUGUGAAAUUUGUUUUAAGCAAUUUAGUCAUGCACGUUAUUUGAAGGCACAUUUGAGAGUGCACACUAAAGAAAAACCUUACAAGUGUGAAAUUUGUUUUAAGAAGUUUAGUAAUGCAAGUAGUUUGAAAGCACAUUCGAGGCAAUUUAGUCAUGCACGUUAUUUGAAAUCACAUUUGAGAGUGCACACUGGAGAAAAACCUUACAAGUGUGAAAUUUGUUUUAAACAAUUUAGUCUAGUAAGUAAUUUGAAAAGACAUUUGAGAGUGCACACUAAAGAAAAACCUUACAAGUGUGAAAUUUGUUUUAAGAAGUUUAGUGAUGCAAGUAGUUUGAAAGCACAUUCGAGGGUGCAUACUGGAGGGGAAUCUUACAAGUGUGAAAUUUGUUUAAAGCAAUUUAGUCAUGCAAGUAGUUUGAAAGUACAUUCGUGGGUGCAUACUGGAGAGAAGUGUGACAAGUGUGAAAUUUGUUUUAAGCAAUUUAGUCAUGCACGUUAUCUGAAAGAACAUUUGAGAGUGCACACUAGAGAAAAACCUUACAAGUGUGAAAUUUGUUUAAAGCAAUUUAGUCAUGCAAGUAGUUUGAAAGCACAUUCGAGGGUGCAUACUGGAGAGAAAUCUGACUACUGUGAAAUUUGUUUUAAGAAGUUUAGUACUGCAAGAAAUUUGAAAGUACAUAUGAGGGUGCACACUGGAGAAAAAUCUUACAAGUGUGAAAUUUGUUUUAAGCAAUUUAGACAAGCCAGUAAUUUGACAACACAUUUGAGAGUUCACCAUGAAGAAAAAUUUUAUAAGUGUGAAAUUUGUUUUAAGCAAUUUAGGCUGUCAAAUUAUUUGAAAGCUCACUUGAAAGCGCAUACUGGAGAGAAAUCUUACAAGUGUGAAAUUUGUUUAAAGCAAUUUAGUCAUGCAAGUAAUUUGAAAGCACAUUCGUGGGUGCAUACUGGAGAGAAAUCUGACUACUGUGAAAUUUGUUUUAAGAAGUUUAGUACUGCAAGAAAUUUGAAAGUACAUAUGAGGGUGCACACUGGAGAAAAAUCUUACAAGUGUGAAAUUUGUUUAAAGCAAUUUAGUCAUGCAAUUAGUUUGAAAGCACAUUCGUGGGUGCAUACUGGAGAGAAGUCUGACAAGUGUGAAAUUUGUUUUAAGCAAUUUAGUCAUGCACGUUAUCUGAAAGAACAUUUGAGAGUGCACACUAGAGAAAAACCUUACAAGUGUGAAAUUUGUUUUGGGAAGUUUAGUAAUGCAAGUAGUUUGAAAGCACAUUCGAAGGUGCAUACUGGAGGGAAAUCUUACAAGUGUGAAAUUUGUUUUAGGCAAUUUAGUUGUGCACGUUAUUUGAAAUCACAUUUGAGAGUGCACACUGGAGAAAAACCUUACAAGUGUGAAAUUUGUUUUAAGAAGUUUAGCCAUCCAUGUAAUUUGAAAACACAUUUGAGAGUACACACUGGAGAAAAACCUUACAAGUGUGAAAUUUGCUUUAAGACAUUUCAUCAAGCCAGUAAUUUGAAAAAACAUUUGAGAGUACACACUGUAGAAAAAUAUUGA